CAUCACAAACCGAAUUAUCUUAUGAUGACUGUGUGUAACAGCAAUCUAUUCUCGACAUUCUGCCUGGUACUCCCCGUAAUGUUUAUUCGGCUCUUACAGAUUUAUUAUUCCAGCCUCUGUGGUGGAUGGGUGUCCUGCCUGGGACUGUGCGGUGUGUUUGUCUCAGUCCGCUUUCACAGUGAGUUGCAGAGAAAAGUAGUUCUGGUCGAUGCAGGAAGAAGCAGAGGUCUAUUGCUGGGGCUCAGGGAAGCGGCGGGACAGGACAGGACAGGACAGGACAAGACAAGACAAGACAAGAGAAAAUACAUAGGUGCUGUGGGACAGCAACGCCCGUGGUGAUCUUCCAUGAUGGAGGUGAGGAUUUAGGAUGCAGUCGGAGAGAGAGAAUCAAGCCCCUGCGAUAUAGCCACCAUGCCUUCUGUGCCAGUGAUCCCAGAGUCCUAUAGCCACGUCCUGGCGGAGUGUGACUCCCUGGACCCGCUGCUCUCUGCUCUGCGGCUCGACUCCAGCAGGCUGAAGUGCACCUGUGUGGCGGUGUCUCGGAAGUGGCUGGCUCUCGGCAGUUCAGCAGGAGGGCUGCACCUGAUUCAGAAGGAGGGCUGGAAGCAGAGGCUUAUCCUCACACACAAGGAAGGCGCUGUCUGCAGGGUCGCCUGCUGCCCGCACGACGAGGAUUUUGUCGCUGUCGCCACGAGCCAGGGCGUGGUGGUGGUGUGGGAUCUGCACCUGGACAGUCGUGGGAAGCCGGAGCGUGUGUGCGUGUCCACGGAGCACCGGGACAGAGCCGUGACCGCGCUCUGCUGGGACUCCACCCAGCACCGCCUUUUUGUGGGGGAUGCUGUCGGCAGGGUGUCCACCGUCAGAGCCAGCUCCUCCAAGCAGGGGAAGGGGGCUUCGUUGGUCAUGUUCCCGGUGCAGACCGUCACCACUGUGGACUCACGAGUGGUUCAGCUCAGCUAUCUGGAAGGGAGACUGCUGGUGUCCUCGCUGACUCGCUGCUACCUCUGUGAUACAGACCGGGAGAAGUUCUGGCGGAUCGGGAACAAGGAGCGAGAUGGGGAGUACGGCGCCUGCUUCUUCCCAGCGGUCCGGAACGCCGGGAGCUCACAGGCACUGAUCUACUGCGCCCGUCCCGGAUCCAGGAUGUGGGAAGUGAACUUCGAGGGGAAGGUUCUGAGCACCCACCAGUUUAAACAGCUACUGGCGUCUCCACCCCUGCCCCUCGUCACGCACAGGUCCGAGCCGCUGUAUGGAACCUCGCCCUGCUCUCCUCAGUCAAUCUCCUUCCCCAGACUGCUCUUUCUCAGUGAUCAGUAUGUUCUGACCUGGACGGAGAGAGGAAUCUAUAUCUUCUUGCCUCAGAGUGUUCAAGUCCUGCUGUGGAGCGAAAUCAAAGACUUGCAGGACGUCGCAGUGUACCGGAAUGAGCUGUUCUGUCUGCACGGUGACGGGCGCCUCUCCCACCUGUCGCUGCUGCCCGUGGAGCGCUGCGUGGAGCGUCUCCUUCGCAGGGAGUCCUGGGGCCUGGCCGCCACUGUUUGCUGCCUGUUCCAGCACGCAGUUUCCCCCAGCAGGGCUCGUAAGUCCCUCCCGGUCGACCGACUCGAGCACCUUAAAGGUCAGCUGGAUGGCUCCACCCAGCAUGAGCUGAUUGGUCAGCUGGAGGAAGUGAUCUCAAAGCUGGAGCCCUUUGACUCCGCCUCCAGCAGCAGGAGAAGCAGCAUUUCCUCCCAUGAGAGUUUCAACGUGCUGGACUGUGGGAUUUACCGGGUGAUCAGCAGGAGGGGCAGCCAGUCAGAUGAAGACGCCAGCUCCCUCGUCAGCCAGACCCUGUCCGAGGACGAGAGGCUGAGGGAGUUCAGUUCCACCCAGGAGGAGGUGCCACCAGCAGAGCAUGCUGUGUUCCCAUGCUGUGCCCACUCCCUCCUCCCCUCCACUCCUCCACUCUCAGACACCCUGCCCCCCCCCAGCGUGCACGUGGAAGCUGAUCGGAUCGACCCCCUCCUCCAGUUCCACAUCCCCCUGUCAUUCCGCCCCACUCCUCCACGCGUCGCCCUGCAGGCUGUCAAAGACAGCGUGUCAAGCUUCAUGAGGAAGACCACAGAGAAGAUCAACACCCUCCAGAUGCCCUCCGACCUGUGGCCCAAACCGGACGGGAAAGAGGGGGGGGGGCAGCCGUGUGAGGCCGUGGUAACCGUGGUAACCUACCCAGAGGAGCAGGAGCAAGAGGUUUGUACAGACAGGCCUCCUGCUGAGGAGGAUGAGCUGCAGGGCCUGAAGGAGGCGACAGCACGGGCAGUGGCCCAGCUCCAGGAUCCCCUAGUCUUGCUUAACACAGACAGCCUCCUGGAGGUCCUGAGGACUUGGCUUCCAGCGCUGGAGAGAGCCUGGGGUCUGCCGGAGGACUGCGCAGAGAGAGGAGGGGAUGUGCAGAGUCCUGUCCGACACUGGGGGGACUCAGCGUGUGACCCCCAGAAGCAUGCUGUGCAAGGGGGGGAGGACAGCCCUGCUGCAGCGGCAGAGGGGGCUACAGGGCUGUCAGAGGAGCCAGAGGACAGCAGGGAGCCUGGAGACCAGAUUGAAGAGGCAGGGUGCCCUAACCAUGGGGGUGCCACGGAUCACCCUGCAGCCUUGCCAACCAGCCCGCAGGAGCAUAGCGGGGUGUUUGAAGAUCCAGGUACUGACCGGGGAGAGACCAGACUGGAGGGGGAGGGCUCCAGAUGGUGUACCCCAGUCCCCCCGGUGCUAAUGCGAGUGACUCCCCCCUGCGAGCUGCCCCUGGAGCUUCACAGAGACCUGACUGAACUGGCCACGCUCUGCUUGGAGCUGGGCUGCUUCCACGGAGACGGGGCCACGCCCUGCCACUUCCUGCACAGGUUCUUCUUCCUGCUCGAUCUGGAGCGGGCCUGGCGGAGCUGCCUGAUGCGAUACCGGGACUGUCCUGCUGUGUGGGGCGUUUACACUGCCGGGCUCAGGGAGCUGACCCGGUCCAGUCCUGGUACUGUAGUUCUGGAAGAAGGGGACCUACUGAAAUCCCUGCGUUACCUGAGAGCCCAAGAGCCCUGGGACUCAGCCCUGCUCCUCGCACACCUGAGCAGGCUGUACGAGAGGCAUGGAGAGCUGGCUUUGAGAUCCUUUGGCCAGUUCUAUCCCACCAUCAUCCCUGCUGAUGUCAUGGCCCUGUCCAGGAGAAGCCCCGCCCACUUCCUGGCUUACUUGGACAACCUUGUGAAGUGGAAGCCUGCAGAGCAGAGGCUGUCUCUGAUUGGUUCUCUCCUUCAACCGGAAUCCCUGCGUCAGGAUUGGCUCGAGCUAGCGCUAUCCCAUGAUGCCCCACAGCCAGUGGACACCAUCAGUCCUGAAGGAAACCCGAGGUCCCACUCUCACUUGUUCUCCUGGGGUUAUGGGCAGCUCCUCUCCCUGCUCCUUAAACUCCCGGGAAACCUGCAGUGCAAGGAGAAGAUGGCAGAGACCUGCAGAUCCCACGGGUUCUGGACUGGCUACCUCUACCUGUGCUGGCAGCUGGAGAGAAGGACAGAAGCCUUCUUGGUUAUCGUUAGCCUGGAUGACAUGGGUCUACUGGAGGGACCCAACGGUGUGAUGCCAGAGACCCUGGAGGAGUGGAAGUACCUCCUCCAGACCACGCAGAGCAAAGCUGACGAGCCCGCCUCCCCCUGCUCUCCGCACGGCAACGGCCUGGCCAACGUCGGCUCUGAUUGGUCCAGCCACGUCAGCCUGGAGAACGUGACGCUCCUAUUGGCCAGGACGGUGGGGCCGGACCGGGCGCUGGCUGUGCUGCAGGAGUGUGGGCUGAGCGUGGAGCUGUCCGAGAGGUCAGCGCUGGUGUGCGAGAUCCUGAGGAUUGCAGAGAAACGGCAGAGGGCCCUGAUCCAGGCGAUGCUGGAGAAGUGUGAUCGCUUCCUGUGGUCUCAGCAGGCAUAGCGAGAAAAAAAGCGACUUCUGAGCCGGGACUGUCCCAGACUGACGGGCGCUCCUCCCUCCGCGCCUCGACAUUUGAAUUCGAUGACUCUCGCCUUCAUGGUUUAAUAGCACCUGAAAGAUGUCCGUACUUUCUCCUUAUAUAAAAUACACCAGCUGCAUUCUCUGGAGUAUUGUGUGUUUUAAGGCAAUGUGUGUUAAUUUAACUUUGUCUACGAAUUCCUUUCUUAGUUUUUUGCGAAUGCUGACUUUUCACCCCGCAUACUGAGCCACAGUCUCUAAACUGGCUUCUGGCAGCCCCACUGCAGCUGCUGAGGAGCUGUCUCCCUGAAGGGGAGUCUGUGAUGACUGCAGCAAGGUGGGGAAGCAGUGUUAAUGACAGCUAUUGUACAGCACGUGCUCCCUUACCAGGAGUGACUUUGAUUUUAUAUAGAUUAUUAACUACAGUAUUGCUUGUAGUGCCACUUAGCAUUUUUAUAGUAUUACAAUGUGUUUUACAAACAGUAUUUAAGGUGGAUAUUUGAGCUCGGUAUUAACUGUACAAGCUGUAGAGUGACAAGGAAAGGUUUAAGAAGGCUUGAAGGACGGAGGCAUAUUGUGUAUGCGCAGCUGAACCUACCUGCCUGGUUUACUGUAUGAUGACAGAAUAUGUCACUAUUGCUGGACACUAGCAUUAAGGAAUUACCUGGUUCAAGUUGACAGUAUGAUUAUUUAUUUUUAUUUUUUUUUUUAAAUACAUGUAUUAUUUAAAAUGUAUUAAUAUAGAUCAAACUGCGGGGAGAUAGUUGCAUGAAGUGAAAAGAAAACAACGGAUUGGUAAAUAAAUUGUUCUUAAACACUG